AUGGCAGAUGAAGUCAGAGCACAAGUGUACCAUGCUACUGAUUCGCAAAGUGAUGAAGAUGAACAUGAGGUAUUGAAAAACAACCAUAGACCUCAUGACCCAACCAUCAAGUGGGACAAGAUGGUACCAAAGCUUGGUGACAUCUUUGAAUCCCCUGUCCAACUGAAGUUUUGUGUCACCAAUUAUGCAGUGUCACAUGGCUAUAGAAUAUACUUUGAAAAAUGUGAUAGUAAAAGAAUUAUAGCUAGAUGUGGCAAUAGGAAGGAAGAAAAUAAAUUCCCUUUCCGAAUUUAUGUUGCAUGGAUGUACAAAGAAAGAUAUUUUCAGAUCAAAGCUAUGAAUGGUGACCAUAAAUGUUGUAGGUAG